CUGCCUGAGCCCGCAGGUCUCCUCCUCGACCGCACGGAGCCGAUCGCGUUCCGCUUCGAGGGCAAGCAGUAUCAGGGGUAUCGCGGCGAUACGGUGGCGAGCGCGCUGGCGGCGAACGACGUUUCGGUGCUCUCGCGCUCCUUCAAGUAUCACCGCCCGCGCGGCAUCCACUCGCUCUCCGGCCUCGAUGCGAACACGCUGGUGCAGGUGGGCCCCGCGCCCAACCGCUUCGCCGACCGCGAGCCGCUCUCGCCCGACCUGGAUGUCAUGGGCCAGAACUACUGGGGGACGCUCCGGCACGACCGGCUGGCCGUGUUCGGCCUGCUGCACCGCUUCUUCCCCGUGGGCUUCUACUACAAGGCGUUCUACAAGCCGCGUUGGACUUGGCCGCUCUGGGCCAAGAUGAUCCGCCGGAUCGCAGGCCUCGGCACAGUCGAUACCAACACCCCGCACGGCUAUUUCGACAAGCAGUAUCUCUUCUGCGACGUGCUGGUGGUGGGCGGCGGCGCGGCGGGGCUCGCGGCGGCAGCGCAGGCGGCGGCGGCCGGCGCCGACGUCGUCCUCGUGGACGAGAACGCAGCGCUCGGCGGCGGGCUUCUCUAUGGCCGCCCCGACGCCGGCGGCAUUCGCGCUGAAGAGGAGCGCGCCCGCCUCGUCGGCGCCGUGGAGGGCUCCGAUCGCAUCUCGGCGAUGACCGAGACCGCGUGCCUCGGCUGGUACGCCGACAACUGGCUGCCGCUGGUGCGCGGCAACCGCCUCUACAAGCUGAGAGCCAAGACGCUGGUGGUCGCCACCGGCUCACUCGAGCAGCCUCUGGUCUUCCGCAACAACGACUUGCCCGGCGUCAUGCUGAGCGGCGCGGCGCAGCGCCUGAUCAAGCUCUAUGGCGUGAAGCCCGGCCGCCGCGCGGUUGUGGCCACGGUGAAUGACGAGGGCUACGGCGCGGCCCUCGACCUGUUGGAUGCAGGCGUCGAGGUGGCGGCGGUGGUGGAUCUGCGCAUGGACGCGCAGCGCAGCGCGCUCGGCGAUACGCUCGCCGCGCGCAGGGUGCCGGUCCACGCCGGUGCCGCGCCGUGGGAGGCCGUGCCCCAGCGCAAGGGGCCGCGGCUCGCCCGGGUUCGGGUUGCCCGGAUCGAGGCAGACGGUGUCUGCGCGCCUUCCGUCGACAGCUUCACCUGCGACCUCCUCGUCGUCUGCGGCGGCCAUGCGCCGGCCGCCGCGCUGCUGCGCCAGGCGGGGGCCACGUUCGCUCACGACAGCACGAGCGCCGUGUGGCCGAUCUUCCCGCACCCCGACCACAAGGCCUUCGUCGAUCUCGACGAGGACGUGCAGGUUCACGAUCUGGAGGACGCGAUCGCCGAGGGCUACGACCACGUCGAGCUGCUCAAGCGCUUCACCACCAACGGCAUGGGGCCGUCGCAAGGCCGGCAUUCGUCGCUGAAUGCGGCGCGCGUGCUGGCGCGGGCGACGGCGCGGAGCGUCGACGAGACCGGCGUCACAACGAUGCGCCAGCCCAUCGUGCCGGUCACCAUGGGUCACCUUGCGGGCCGCAGCUUCGAGCCGGUGCGCUAUACGGCGAUGCAUUUCCGCCAUCUGGAGGCCGGCGCCACCAUGAUGCCGGCGGGCCUCUGGCUCCGGCCCGAGUUCUAUGGCGACAAGGCGCGGCGCCAGGCGUUGAUCCGCGAGGAGACCAAGAACGUCCGCGACAAUGUGGGCAUCGUCGAUGUCUCCACCCUCGGCGGGCUCGACGUGCGGGGGCCGGAUGCGGCCGAGUUCAUGAACCGCAUGUACACCUUCGCCUACCUCAAGCAGCCGGUGGGCCGCUCGCGCUACGUGCUGAUGACCGACCUCAGCGGCGUGGUGGUGGAUGACGGUGUCGCCUGCCGCCUGCACGAGGACCACUUCUACGUCACGGCGACGACCUCGGGCGUCGACAACGUCUACCGCGAGAUGCUCUGGUACAACGCCCAGUGGCGGCUCAAGGUCGACGUGACCAACGUCACCGCGGCGUUCGCGGGCGUCAAUAUCGCAGGCCCCAACUGCCGCGCGGUGCUGGAGACGCUCUGCGACGAUGUCGACAUUUCGCCCGAGGGGUUCCCCUACAUGGGCGUGCGGGAGGGCCAUGUCGCCGGCAUCCCCGCGCUCUUUCUCCGGGUCGGCUUCGUGGGCGAGCUCGGCUACGAGCUGCACGUGCCGGCGAGCCAGGGCGAGGCGCUCUGGGACGCGCUGCUCGAUGCCGGCAAGGAACACGGCAUCCGGCCCUUCGGCGUCGAGGCGCAGCGGCUGCUCAGGCUGGAGAAGGGCCACAUCAUCAUCGGUCAGGACACCGACGGCCUCACCACCCCCCACGAGGCCGACAUGGCCUGGGCGCUUGCCAAGAAGAAGCCCUUCCACGUCGGCAUCCGCUCGGUGCGGAUGCAGGCCGCGAAGGGGCUCACCCGCAAGCUGGUGGGGUUCGAGAUGCCGGGAGUCGGCGUCGAGCAGCCGAAGGAGUGCCAUCUGGUGAUCCGCGGCCGCGAGAUCACGGGGCGGGUCACGUCGGUCGCCUAUUCGCCGAACCUGGACAAGGUGAUCGGCCUCGCCUACGUCGCGCCCGAUCAGAGCGAGCCUGGACAGUCGAUCGAGAUCAGGGUGGAUGGCGGGCGCAUGGUGAAUGCCACGGUGGCCAAGCUCCCCUUCUUCGAUCCCGAUGGCGCGCGGCAGGAGCUCUGA